AUGUCCGCGCGUUUGAAGCGUCUGGAGGGCAUGGUCCGGGAGAUGAUGGAUUCUGAAGGUGCAGCCCCUGGAACCCAAGUAGGUAACGGAACUGGGGCAGCAAUGGCGAAUGGUACUGCUACAGGACCGGACGUCCAAGGCCACGUCGUACACAGCAAGAAAGGGGCAACAUACGUUGGCGCAACGCAUUGUAUGGCAAUGUUGGAAGAUAUUGAGGACUUGAAAGACUACUUUGAACAGCCCGAAGAAGCUGGAGAGGAUCAAUUCCUAGACGAUGAGAUUGAUCCCACAGAAGUCAUGUUGAACACAAGAGCUGGACCAAGGAAUCGUGAGGAGCUGUUGAAUCGCCUACCGGAGAGAAAGGUCGCAGAUAGACUUCUUUCGCGAUACUUUGCGUCGAUGAGUCCUUCGCAGCAUAUUGUUCACCGGCCAGUUUUUACCAGACAGUAUUCUAAGUUCUGGCAAGAUCCUAACGAAGCAUCAUUACAUUGGAUAGCGCAACUAUUCAUGAUGCUCAGCCUUGGCGUCUUUUUCAAUAACUUUAUCAAUUCAAGUGAGCUCGAGGGUGACUCUCCUCUCCCAGCUCAGGACAGGAUCCGUCACUACAAGGCUUGUGCUGGUUGGGCUCUCGUCUGGGGUAAAUACACGCAACCAUCCUCGGCGACACUCCCUGCGUUCUUGCUCUACGUCGAGUCAUCCUUCCUCUUCAACCGUGCAGCUCAAAUGAACUGCUACGUACUCUCAGGCGUGUGUAUCCGCCUGAUGCUCAAGAUGGGUCUCCAUAGAGACCCAAGUAAGCUCGCGAACAUCUCACCUUAUGAGGGCGAGAUGCGGAGGCGCAUGUGGAACAUGGCCAUUCAAGUCGAACUUCUCGUUUCUUUCCACAUGGGCCUUCCGAGCAUGUUACAAGGUAUAGAAACUGAUACAGCAGUACCAAGAAAUCUAGACGACCAUGACUUUGACGAAGAUUCAACGGAACUCCCUCUUAGUCGACCGCCUACAGACUGGACCUCCAUGACAUACCCAAUCCAUAAGACACAGAUUCUUCGGGUGUUUGGACAGAUCGCGAGACAAGCUCAUGCUCUGACACCGCCAAGUUAUGCUGAGGUCGCCAAGCUCGAUAACUUGCUGCACGAGACUUGGAAGAGUGUCCCAUCUUUCAUGAUGGUACGGCCACUAGAUGAGCGUGUCGGUGAUCCACCCGUUCUGCUCAUCCAACGUUUCGGUUUGACAGCCCUAUACAACAAAUGCCGUACUGUAUUGCAUCGCCGGUAUCUCGCAGAGGCAAUUCCGCAACGUGAGCAUGAUUACUCACGCAGGCAAUGUCUGGAGGGUGCUUUGUCGCUGCUCAAUUACCAACACAUCAUCUGGGAAGCUUGUAAGCCAGGUCACGUAUUGAGCCAACAUGGCUGGUUUGUCUCUUCCCUCGCAGUUCAUGACUUUCUCAUGGCCGCAAUGGUGCUUUACCUCGUCGUCAAGAAUGAAAACUACUCAGAGGUUGGAAGUGACUAUGACUGGAUGUCGCAGACUGCACCAACACCAACUAAAGAUGAAUUAAUUUGUAUGAUCAAGAGGUCUUGGCUCAUCUGGGCUGAUGUGUCACGAAACGCAGUGGAAGUCAAGAAAACAGCAGAUACACUGGCGACAAUGUUGGCCAAGCUCGGAGCUCCAGUUGAAGAGCCGGCGAGUGCCCUUGGACAAGGUGUUCGCAGUGCUAGUGGUGAUAACGAAUACUCUUCGCUUGGGGCACCAUCUGUAGACCCUAGCACACUGGGGUCGAUCGGAGGUGAUCCGGCACUGCUCUCGAGUCUGGGGUUGGGUAAGACGUCCCAAGGAAUACGACAGAUAAGAGAUAUGCUUACAAGGAUAGGCUCAUCAACGGGAUCUACAUCAGACCAGACACCCCUGGAUCUCAAUCUGGCAGGAGAUGCAGGAACUAGCAUGGACUUUACGAAUAUGGGGACGGAAGGUCUUCAGUUUGAUCCUGCUUGGAUGGAUACUGCAGCCAGCAGCAUGGACUGGCGUUACCUCGAUAUAUCCCUGGCUCACAGUCAUGAUGCUGGACGCAACGAAGACACUGGUCAGACGUGGAUAGAGAGGGCACCACCAUUGGAACAAAUGGAUAUCAUGAGUUCAGGAAUCUGGAUUCCAGAUCAUCCUGAAUCCACUUGA